AUGGCGCCGCACGAUCUCCGCCGUCCGUUUAAACGACCGUUGAUCUCCGAUCAAGAGAGGCGCCGACAACAUUCGCUACUUCGCCAGGCACAGAAUCGCCUCGACGCUCAGCGUCAGGCUCGCUUCUUAGCCUCCACCGCAUUCUCUCUCUCAUCCCAAACCCCCGAACCGGAACCCGAACCCGAACCUGUGAACGAACCGGAGCCAUAUCAGAAAGAGGAACUCGACGUAUUGGAAGCGUCGAAGCUGAAAGGCGCAGAAGCUCGGAAAUGGUUCGCGAAACAACUCAUGCUUCCUGAAUGGAUGAUUGAUAUCCCCGAAAACCUCGCCAGUGAUUGGUUUGUUUUUGCAAGGCCUUCUGGAAAACGGUGUUUUGUGGUUUCUAGCAACGGAACAACUAUAAGCCGUUUGCGAAACGGUUCAAUACUUCACCGUUUUCCUUCUAAAUUGCCCAAUGGGGCAAGGACAAAAGAAGUUUCAUCUGCUUCUAACUCAUACUCUAUACUUGACUGCAUUUUCCACGAGCAAGAUCAAACUUACUACGUUAUUGAUAUGGUUUGUUGGCGUGGCUACUCCCUUUAUGAUUGUACUUCUGAGUUCAGGUUCUUUUGGGUGAACUCUAAGCUUGCUGAGACCGGGGCUUGUGACUCUCCUUCAUAUUAUCAUAAGUAUAAGUUCAGUUUAGUUCCGGUGUAUGGUUGUGAUCAGAGUGGUUUGUGUUCGGCUUAUUCUGCGCCUGUGCCUUAUGUCAAAGACGGUCUUCUAUUCUAUAACAAGCAUGCACAUUACCAGGCUGGGAAUACGCCAUUAGCAUUAGUUUGGAAAGAUGAGAACUGCAGUCAAUAUGUUAUGGAUACUGACAGUCAAGGACAGGUUCCUAACCAACAGCAGGUGGUUUUGGAGCUUCAAGAAGAUGGAAAACUGACUACUUGCGAUGAUCCUCAUGUCGUAUUUGGCUGUUUGGACGGAAGCUUCAUCCAGCAGUCAGAUUUGCAUUCGGGGUAUCUUCUACGGUUUGCAAUUGGAGAAGGGGGAUUGCUUUUGGUGGAUGGGAAACUUGAGAAGGCUGAUCUAAAGUAUCUUGGCAAGGCCAAUCGAGCCCGUGCCUCUGCUGAUAGUUUCUCUAAGGUUAUGUUCCAAUAUAGUGUUCGACACUCCCCCCUCAGAGUUGAUGAUCUGUUGGGAUCUGUCAGCUCACCAGUAGAUCAAGAAAAUAAGGCCUGCGACAUUGAGAUGGAUGGUUGAUGGGAAAUACUCUACGGGUUGCAAAUGUCGGUCUUUAUUCUGAAUGCAAUGUUUGAAGUUUUCACCUUAAUGUGGGGCUUUCUUCGACGCUUAUCCCACGAGGCCUUCCAUAAUUUAUACAAGAUCCACGGAAUUUCUAACCACCAGUCUACCAUACAUGCUGAGAUAAAGCUGUAUCGGUUGGAGUUGUGUUUGCCUCCGGAGUUUCUUUAACCCAUAUGGAGAGCAGGUGGACACAUGCACAUUAUAUAUCUUGUGUCUGGUUCUGUGAGAUCUGAUAGCAUGAUAGUGUAACUGUUUUAUUUUUACAGUUGCGGGCAGUUUAGUAUACAGUGUAUUGCACAUCAUUGUAAAUUCAAAAUCAUAUGUCCUAAGUUAUGUGUUAGAUUUCCUUUUUCUUUCAGUGAAGAAUUGUUGCUUCUUUAAAAGAUUCUGUAACUAUUAAAUACUUUACUGGUGUAUUUCUUAAAUUCUUUUGGAAUAUUUCUUCCUGGCA